AUGCUCUUGUCCUUUCGGCCGUCCGAUUUCUUUAAACGGACCAACUUCUCGUGUCUCUACUUCAUUCGUACAACGACUAGGAUACCGAAAAUUGAGUGGUUUUUCUUGCACAUUAACAGCGAAUUGUCAGCAAUUCCAGAGCAUGAUCUUCUUAAUCAGCACAACAUCUCCACAGAAGAGCUCUCCUGUCCGCCAGAAAUACUGGACGGCCUCCAUGGAAUCUACGAAGAGGACGAUUUCUACGGCAUUUGGAAUCGUUGUUUCCGUUCCGUCCUCACUCUCAAUUAUCGGGCUCUUGGACAGGACGGAGAGUACCUAUGCCAAGUCACCACACAGGAAGGCGUCGAUGUAGAGAUGCCUAUCCGGUUCCAUUUCCCCCUCGGUUAUCCCCUGGAAAGACUGGUUCGCCUGCGUCUUGGAGAGGGAGAAGUCCCGACUUGCGUCAGUGAGACCCAAAACGUUGCGCACAACCUCUCGCGCAGGGAUCUCGCAAACAGACUAAACGCCUGUCCGAAAAACGCCCUCCUCUUCUCCUGGCUCUCAAGUAACCGUAUCUGCACAGGCCAGUCAGUGGAACUGAAUUGCGCGUGGCCAGCUUGGCAGGAGAUAAGCACCAACUACCUGCGCAUGUAUUCUCUGUCUGACUCCAGAUGA